CUGUGUAUCUAUCUCGGAUAAGUAGCAUUCGUAGUAUUUGCUAAUAUGUAGUUUAAAAUCUGAUUAAUACUGAUUGGAGUUUCUAUUUGAUUCCGCAAAUUACAUGUUUACGCGUACUUUUUCGAUAAAGCGCGCGCGUGUCUAUGUGUGUGUGUGUGUGUGUGUGUGUGUGUGUGUGUGUGUGUGUGUGUGUGUGUGUGUUAUUAUCUGAUAUUUAAAUAGCUACAUACGAGAGAUAAGACGAGUUUCACAAUAAAAUUAUCGUCUCUUUCCGGCAAUGGGUUAUCGAUUUUCGCGCGCGAUUGCUGUCUGCGUAUUUACCUCGCGAAAUCCCUGUUACAUGCGGUCGUUCUGAAAUCGCGAGCGUAUUAUACUAUACUAUCUACUACAGCCGGCAAUUGCUACAUCGCGGCGUAUUUUUUGUAACAAUUAUACUAAUCUCUCGCAAAAUCACGUUCGCCAAUUGAAACGAUCGCGCCGCGCAAAAUACCACCACCGUGCGCAUUUCGCACUUCUGUCGCCGAAUAUGUCGCAUUUGACUAAUUUCGACUGAUUGCACUGUUGGAAGGGACAAAUCGAGAUGCACGUUGCGUUCGAAGGAACAACUAACAAACUGCAACGCCAUUAAUCCACUUGUAAAAUUGACCCUCACAAUUAUUGCAUGUAUAACGAGAGCGGGCUUUAAUUAAAUGUCCCUCGCGUUUUGUGCGUGCAAUUAAUAACAGCUUGGGGGAGAUAUCUGUACUGGAAAAACAUAAUUGGAACGUCGCAUGCGUAUGUUCUUUGACCUUUGCAACUUUGUUUUUAGAGAGCUGCGAUAUGUGUCGUGUCGAUAUUUUCCACUUCAAUUACAAUCGCUCGUAUCGCGAGAAUACCGCGCUCGAAUUCAGGAGUUUAUUCACUUAAAAUAAAAUUCUCUAAAUUAUGCCAAGAUUUUGUGUUAUCAAAAUUUCACAUUUAUCGCAGUAAAAAGCACCAAGAGUUAAAAUCUCAUGUGAUUUGUUUUUGUACCAUUCGCGAGAAAUUUAAUACUGAAUGUCGCAAUUUUUUGCACAUAUAUUAUUAGUGAUAGGAGCAAUGCAGGUAAUCAUUAUUGCAGUGUAACUUCGUAAAAAGAGUGAUGCUACUCAAAUAUAAAAUUUAUCAUUACAAAUAUUACAUAUUAGGAAACGCGGCAAGGAAGAGAAUAGUAUUCGCUGCACCGUUUUUGUAUAAUAAUAGAUUGUAAGUCAGAAAACUGCUAUUUUAUGAUUUGAAAACUAUUGUUUUGUGAUUUUUAAUUGUACUUCUUCUGAGUAAAACAUGUUAAGGUAUCAUGAAAUUUUGAACUAACAUUUAUUAUUUAAAUAGUAAGAUAAAUAUAGAAAAAAACUUCCUUGAUGUGCCAUUGAAAAUAUGGCUUCUUGGGCGCUCUGAAACUAUAUAUUUGGUGAAUAAACUCCUUUAGGUAAAAAUACUAAUGCCUGGACACGUACCUGAUGCUGGACGUUCUUAUUGUCUUGAUCUUUAAAUACGAAUAUUAGAUUUGGUUUUCGAGUUUGAGUCGCGUGAACUUUUCUUUCUCUGAUUCCGACAUUUUGUGAAUAUUUCAGUUCGCUUCAUCAGAAAGAAACGACCCGAUGCCUUUAAAUACGAAUAUUUAAGUUUUCAACACAGAAUAGAUGUACAUAAAUUGAAUGUACAAGAAGUAAGUCGUGAGAUUCUAAAAUAUCUCUGUUGUUUUCUGUAUUAGAGAAAAAUGUGUAAGGAAUAAAUUGUGUGAUUGGAAGACUUGGAAGUAUUUAUGCUUAUACAUUUUUCUCUAAUACAACAAACAACAGAAAUAUAGAAGAGAUAUAGAAGAUCUUACGUAGAUGGUUCACCUGCAUACAUGUAUAUUCUAUAUUGAAAGUUUAGUUAAAUGUUCACAUUUAAAGACCAAAACAAUAAGAACGACCAGGACUACGUGUCCAUGCAUGCGCACUUUUAUCUUGUGUGUGGAAGAGCGUUUGACUUCUUUUAGAUCACGCAUUGAUCGAGCUCUACGUAACAUACUAUAUUCAAUACGAAAUUGCGGUCUUCCCGCAAGACGAAAGACGCAUUUGGUCGGGAAAGUUCAACGUACGUUCCGAAUUUCUCAGCUGUGUACACACGGCAGCGGUGUUGUCAUUAGCGACGUGUCAUUAGCGAGGGACGACGAGAGCAUUUCGGGGUUUUCCUGCUCCGCCGAUCUCUCCGUGGCAGUUUCACGUGGCGAACGCUGCGAUCACAAUCGUCUUGGCUACUUAUCGCGGACACCGAAUCGCAUAGAUAUGGGUCACGUUGCAACACACGGAUCUCGCGGAGAAUCAGAUAAAGUUUUCGAUGACGGAUAUCUGGCGGUUCACAAAGAGGUGCUGAGGAUGCUGACACCGAGACGCGCGGGGCCGGUGGGCCCCGAAGAGAUCGGGCCCGACGACAAGGGCGUGAGCAACGCGGCGAGCGGUUCGGUCACCCCCGGCGGCUCCUACGAGAGCGGCGACGGCUCGAAGGAGUUCCUGUCAACCGGAAGGACCGGCAGGAGGAACGCACUACCGAAUAUCCUUGGCCGACACGCCGAGACCGGUCUGUCCGACCUGCCGGAUCGGUUCGAUGCGUUGUCCACUCACUCAGAUCAGUCCAACAACAGCGGGCAGGACCCGAAUAUACCGGGUACCUCGAAACAGCAUGGCUGACAUGGUCGUGAGGCUUCGUAGCGAAUCUCGCUGUUGCAACACUUGGCCUCUCCUCAUCAUCGACAUCGACGGCGAGGGGGAAACAUUUGGCGUUUCUGUGAACGAAGUUCUCGAACGUUCCUUGACUCAACUGUUACACCGACUAGGCGAACGACGUGCCGAACGUAUCGUUCCGUCAGCUGCUAGAGAAUGCUAGAAUUUCAGCAGAUUUUUCGGAGAUUUAGAGCUAGGACUCGAAGGGAGUCGCAUGAUCAGGAGACACACGAUUGAAGGCCUUGAUCGUAGGAGCGCGACGAGUCUGUAAUUUAAAAGAUUCACUUCGAGUGUGAAUUCGCAUCUCGAAGAUCCACUCGUUUUAGACAUGAUCUCGUAUCCGAAGGAGGCAUUGUAAAUUACGGAUUUAUCCCUCCUUCUUAUAACAGAUCUUUUGCCCAAAAAAAAUAUAAUCUCAUUCUUAACGAGAUCUUCUUAUAUAUGGCUUCAAGAGAAAAAUUUUCUGAAAUCAAGAGGAAAAUAUUCCUUUUGAAUAAAAGUAUUUCUUCUGAGAUCAAAAGGAAAAUAUUCUAAGCACAAUAUUCUCCGAGGAAUUUCGUCUUUUAUCAACACAAGUCUUGUUAUUAAUAGAGAUUUUCUGGAGUAAGAAGGCAUUGUGCAAUAGAUAUAUUUUUCUUGCUUCACGAAAGGAAAAAAAUAAUAUUUAUUAUAUAGAUUUUCGAUUAAUAUAAUAGUCCACUUCUUUAGAAAAGAAAUAUAUUUUCGGUAAAAGUUUUUAUUUAGAAUAUGAGAUUGCAGGAAAUAGCACCUUGCAACUAGAGUUUUUUUAUGUUAGAAUAUUUUUUUUUUUUGGUUUAAGGAGAAUUAUCUUGAGGCUAAUAUAUAAGAGGAUUCCUCUGAGAAUAAGAUUAUAUUUUUGCGAGUUCAAGCAGCAUACACAUACAUAUAUAUAUAUAUAUAUACAUACAUACAAACGAGAAAGGAAGCAGCAAUUUUUGCUUGAGUAAAAUCAACCCAAACAGAGAAUCACCGAACAGAAUUAGUUUCGCCUGAUGAUAGGUAAAUCGCACGGAACAUUAGAACGACGUAUACAUACGUCCUAACUUCUCGCAUUGCGAGUGAGACGUGAUUUGGUGAGUUUGUACGGACACAACAAAACAGAUAAAUCUAAGAUCAGCCGCAAAUUGCGAUCUUCUUUCACUUUACUAAACUGAUAACUAAAACCCAAUGAAGUUUCCGAGUGUAUUUUAGAUAUCGUGUAUUUUACAUUAUACGUAUUAUAUUUUUAAUGGAUCGUUAUUGUGUGCAAAAGAGGCUUCUUUGACAGGAGAAAGAAGACAAUUUUCGAUGUUUAUCUCUUCUUUUUAUCUUUUUUAAAGGAGAGCAUAUAUCGUAAAUAAUGCCCCAGUUUCCAGAUUCCACAUGAAAUCGUAUAAUUACAAUAAAAUUAGCACAUACCGGCUGUAUUUUCCAUACAAUUUCAUCUCGUUUUAUUUACCUUUCGCGCGCUGAAUACGAAACGUAAUUAUAAACGGGGACGUUUUACGCGAAUCGUUUAUCCUUUUGAUCAUAAUUACGAGCGCAUAUCGCGCGCUCACGUCGCGAUUGGUACAUGCAGUAUUAAUUGUUUUACGUAACGCGACCAUCGAUCGUCUGUAUUAAUGGGUGCUGCAUAGGAAAAGAUCCGUAGGGACGGAAAACGUGCCGUGAAAAAGCUCUCGUCGAGCCAGUUUAGGAGCGAGAACUCCGUGCAGCUGUUAAUCGAUUUCGCAAGUUCCGCCCUACUACGAUUAGCGUAGCGACAGAAUUUAGCUGUAAACGCUCUUAAUAAUGAAGAACAACAUUGAUAUCGGCAUUAUUACUGCAAUCUGUAUUCAUGAUAUAUCGUGAGUAUUAAUUAAAGUACAUGGUGUAGCGUAGAACUUUCUGCCGCGUCCCGCCCGGAAGUCCGUGUGUACUUUGUGACUUUGCAACUCCGACGCGCGGAGUGUCCUGCCGCGACUUUGUUUGAGAAUUUCCAAAAUUGCGACGAACGCGACGGGCCUCGUGACGUGCGGCUCGCCGGAGGAAAAGCCGCUCGGUCACGUCGAGACGUAUCCGCCGAGAUGUUCCCUUCGGGACGCGUUCCAACGUUCGGUGCGGCACCCCGUGUGCUCGCGUCUCUUCCUCGACGAAUUUAGCCGCAGAGAAAGACUUAAGGAGUUUAUUCACCGGAUAUAUAUUUAUAUACAGAGAGCCGCCAAAGAACGUGCAUUCAGUGACGUUAUUCAAGAUAGUUACUUGCGAAUUCAGCAUUUGCGUCGGACAGAAUUUCGUUCUCAUACGUUUACUUCACUAUCUAAAUAAUAAAUUGGUUAAUAAGUUUAAAGAUACUCUUAACUUAAUAAUAAUAAGUUAAUUCGAGAGUAAUUUCACGAUACUACCUCGCCACGUUUCGGUACAACGCUCAAAGCACAAAACAGUAGUUUCCUGGCCUAGAAUCGACCAAAAACGGUGUAGUGAAUAUUAUUCUUUGUUUUAUUUCGCGCAUUUCCUAAUAUUACAUACAUUUGGAACGGUAAACUUUCUAAUUUGAACAAUAUCAUUUUUUACGAAAUUACACAAUGAUAGUUAUCAGUAUUGAUUCUACCGUAAGAUUGUAUGUGCAAGAUAUUGCGACACAUUCAGUAUUAAAUUUCUCAGGAAUGGUGCAGACAAAUCGCAUGAAACUACGAGAUAUGUUUUAUUGCGAUUAAUAUUACGUGAAAUUUUUAUAUAAUUUUGGUGAAUAAACUUCUUAACAGCAGAGAGAAUUUCCGCGUAUGAUAUUCGAUAUUCAAGGCUUGAUAUAGUGGCUUCUCUCAGCUCGACAUGAAUUCUCGACUGAUUGCGAUAUUCGGCGUGCGAGUCGCGGCGGUAUCAAGCGUAUUACGAGCGAGAUUAAUUGGCUAUAUAUAUGUAACAAUAAUCCAAUCUACUAAAACAUAAAUUUUGAGUUCUUCUUACCAACGCGAUAUUCGUCUUUCUACGUAAAACAAGGAAGAUCCAAACCUUAUUGGUACCUAUAAUUAAUUGCAAAAGUUAUUUUCUAUUAAUUCAUUUUUUAUUAGUUGAGUCUUAAUUCUUUUUUUAAAGGUCAAAUUUGUUUCAGUAAAACUGUCAAAGAGAAACUUAACCAUACUUGAAUUUUUGAACGAUCACGAAGAACUUUAGUGCUACCCAUAAUUUUUAAAUCAUGUACCAAAUUUUCAUCUUUACUUUACGAAACGUACUUCAUGUGAUUUGGAUCAUCUUUGCAUAACUGCGGCGAAUUCAUGAAAUAAUCUUUUUCUAUUUCACGUUCUGCCGCGGUGUCCGCUGCAAAAUCACUUGUUACAUUAAAUUACGAGAAGCACAGCACGUCCCGACGUAAUAAUUCCAUUAAUGUUACGCAAUUACUUCGAGCAACUCGUUACCGCCUAACAAUGCUCCCUCCUCAUUAACGUUACCGCGACGUGCAAAGUAACGGGCCGUUUGUUUUUAAUGACCGAAACGGCUAUCAGAUCUUUGUACAGAGAUGGAAUUGAGAGCGACUCGCGCAACAUGGUUGAUGUGUACAUAGAGAAAGAGAGAGAGAGAUAAACUUAUGGGCGACGCAUUCGCAUUCGCGAGCUCGUCGCUCCGGCCGAUCGCGGCGUCGUCUUGGAUCUCCGCGAGCGCGGGUAUGACUAGUUAAUUAAGUUAACGAAUAAGGUAGCGUUUAAUGAUCAAGUCUGUACAUACACAUCGCAUUGCGGCGCAGUGCGUCACGCGAUCACACGGCUCCGUAUUCCGGACGUGUGUCUGGAGGCUAAACGUACGCAUCGUCUGAAUUCGCAUUGAUCGUGUCGGAUGCACGAGGGAGUUCGUGGAUCGCGUUUACGAGAAUGCUAAAUACCGACAUAAUACGGUUUCAUAGUUUGUGCUAUUCAGUCGUACCGAACUGCAAAUGCUCUACAGAGUGAAAGUACAAACGCCACUGUGUGGGCGCACUGAGGACCAAAAGUGGUUGAGUUAAUGGGAUUUCGCUUGGACGAAUUUUGUUCGUUCAAGCGAACGCUUUUAGUCGACUGAGCGAAUUGUACAGUUGCUGUGACGAGUUAUCGAUUGGUUCAAUGAUUGCGAUUUGGCCGAUUGUCGCGCCAACGCGUAAUUCGUACGAUAUUUCUUUGAAGGCGAGUAACCGCCGAUUUUGUCGAUCCAACUGCUCCUUCUUUCUCAACGAGGAAAUGUUGUAUCAAGAUAAAAAGAAUUUUUUCUACUUAAAAGAUCUCUUAUUGUUCCCGAUACAAUAUUUCAUGCCUUUCAUUUGACAACUUGUAUCUUCACUCUAGAAGAUUUGCAAUUCUACGCGAGCAAAACAGUGCAGACUACAAAACUGCAUUAUGUCGGCAAAUCCAAGUGUGUUAUUUUAGCCGAAUCUCUUCUUACAUAUUCUUUACCGUUUUAAGUUACGUCGUUCAACAAGUGUGGGUGUAUUAAAUUAUAACUUACGUCUUGGACGUGUGUGUUAAGAAACGUGACUUAAAGCAAAACUUACGAAAGAUGUAAAAAGAGCUCGUGUCAAAUUACACGCUGAUGCGAAAGAUAACACACUAGGAUGCACACAGUGGAUCCAGCACUCCUUAACGCGUUAGUACACUGAGAGAAAUUAUCCCAUAAAAAACUAACAAACGGAUAUUUCCGAAUAAAUUUCGAUAAAUUUUUAUAUCUGAUUAGGAUAUCCGAUUAAAUAUUUCCGAUCAUUAUUUCAUCAGAUAAACCGAUGAAAAAGUUAUGAACCGAUAUUUCUCAUCGGAUGUUUCCUGAUCGGAUACAAAAAUUUGUCGGUAUUUUGAUCGAAAACACCCGUUUGUUAAUUUUUUAUAUAAUUAAUCUAGAGAUAUAGAGGAUAAUUCCUCUCAGUAUGGACACGCGACGGGAAUAUCGGGCGCCGCGAGGCUAUUCACGAGAAAUUACGCGUUUUUGGACUCGAAUCUACCGACACAUCGGUGAAACGUCGCGUCUGUAUAUUUUAAUACGAGGACGUUUAUCCUUAUACCUUUUUGCAAUCUGAAUUAUCGCGACUCUUCGAAGAAGUAAAUGUUACGACUAUGGUACUGCAGGCCAUCUUCCUCUCGAUCGAUGCGUCGGGAACGGUAUUAAGCUUCAGCCACGCUUGUCGCCGAAUUAAGCGCGAGUAGGUGGUUUAUUCGGUUGCCACAAUUUUUCAAGAUGCCGCAAGAGCCGUCUGAAUGAUGCCUUAAGGACUUUCUAGUUUUCCAGAUGUCUUUUAGGCACUCGUGUUGUCCGAGCAAUCUGGUCGACAAUCGCCAAGCGCCCGCGUUCGCCUGCGCAUCGACCAUAGUCGACUUCAGAUACGCUAUUUCGAGCGUGCAUUUUAUUUACAAUAAAAUACUAUUUUACAAGCGCGAUAUUAUUUUGCAACUCCCUUCUUACUCCCCGCAAAAAUAAAUAUUUACGCGAUCUCGUGGCUCGGCGUAUCACGCGAAGACAAAGCGCUUCCUUGCGCAUCGUUGAACAUCGCUCCGCGGCGAAUUUCGGAAGGGUUUACAAAUGCAUUUUCCGCGAUCGAGUCGUUUCCGACGUGUCGAUUUCGUACCGAAACUCGAGCGGUCCACUGGAAAUACUAGUUAUUAACAGGACGGAAUAUAUGUGGUGUAUUGUAAAUAAUUCAUUCGAUUUCACUCGAUUAUAAAUGCAACAAUUUGGAAUCGCCUCCCCUCCCCCGUCGUCGCGAAGAGGAAUAUUCGAGCGCAAACAGCGGCGACAUAUGAAUGAUAUAAUGUAAAUCUAGCAGUAUAUCUAUGCGCAUAUGGAGAGAAUUUUAUGAUAGAAAUUGCUAUAGAGAAUUUGGUAACUAAGGAACGGAUCGACAUUCCACAAUAAUUGACUUUCGCAUCCUUUCAUUUCAUACGUGCUAUUUAUAUUUUAAAAAUUAAAAUGUGCUACUAAAAAAUUCACUUUGUUUUCAGUACGAAAUGUACUACACUCAGAAAAAAAUACAUGGAAAUUUAUUCAUUAUACAUGGGAAUUUAUAUGAGAUAUAAAGUCUGUUCGCAGAAAUAAACUUUAUAUUCCGAACAAAUGUAUUUUCAAGAAUUCCUUCCUUAACAUAUAUUCCUCAACAAGACAGAUCUUACUGACAGUCUGUUCCUGCACUACUAGAAACUUAGUAAAAUUGUGAAAAGGGUUUAUAUGAAAAAAAAAAAAUUAUAAAAUUCUCUCUAUAUAUUUUGACGAAAUUGACGGAAGAAGAGGGAAUACGUGCGACGUAGACGACGUUCUCGUCGCUCCUUGCGAUUUCGGCCGCGUUAUCGAACAAGGCUAAGUUCCCCGAUAAGGAUAGCCGGUGACGCGUGUGAUAAGCAACGACUGAUAUUGAUCUCCAUCGAGAGACGUCUGUGUUGCGCUGUUGUCUGAUCAAACGCCUAGCUUAAGACGUCGACGUCGCGUCGUUUCUUCGCGUUCUCUCGCGACAGAGGACUCGAGCGUCGAUAAUAUGUUUUUUCAUACCUGCGUACCUGUUUUUCAUAGUCAAUAACGGUGAUGAUGAUGCUUUCGAGAGAGGAAGAAAAAGAUCGUCGCUGUCGCAGACAGGCUUCAUAGAUGAUCUAAGAAGUAGAUGCGAUUCUUGUUCGCGCACGACAGCCGUCGAUUGUAGCGGAUCUCGCGACGCGAUUGUUUCCGAAUACAACACAUACACACACAUACACAUGCUCGGCGUGUGUCCGAGGCGAAAGAGCAAGAGAAAGCGAGACGGUGACAGUGAUGGAGAACGAAUGAGGUACGCCUACGCUCCUACCCUCCGCGAGAGCGCGGAUGCACGCGCUCGAUAAGCGCUGAUAAACGGUCUAUGAUACGAUACGAUUAUCGUGAAAACCAUAAUAGGAUUUGAUCGAUACGAAAGUGCCGGUCGCGCAUCCCCAUGGCCUUUGUUUGCGCAGCAGUAACUCUUAAGGACUCAUGCGUGCACGGCGAUGAUCGACACGAAUUGUGAAACGAUGUACGUUACUUCUACUUGUGAGAACACAAUACAAUCUCGAUUCGUA